GAGCAUCAUGUAAUCGUAAUUUGACCUAAAUUCGAGUUCCAGGAAACGGGAACCAUAUGCAACUGACUAAAUGCAACGUGUACAUGCUAUUUGAUGACAGAAUGUGCGAGACAGAUUGAGGAGGUAUUUGUGCACAGUUUCCUGGGCUACCUGGUACCACAACUACACCAGUCAGCCCUGCAAACCACACAUUGCCUGACUUAAAGAGAGAAAACACCAGAAGUCAUGGACCAUCAAAAGCGACGGCUUCAGGCGCAGAUAAAGGACAAUUUACAGAAGAUUGGACGGCGACUAAAUGGACGACCUAUGACUGUGGCUUUUAUUGGAACCAUUGGAGUUGGCAAGUCUUCCCUAAUCAACACCAUCGCGACGGCCAUGGGCACCGGAUUUUGGCAGCAACACGCUUACACUGGAGGCCACGGGGGUCAGGCUGACCCGGUCACGGCAGUCAUCAGAAGAUAUCCACAAUGUUGCCGACCGGAAGAGCAUCGUAACCAGCUCUUCCCAACUCUAAUGGACGUCCAGGGACUUCCGGAUCAUCCUGACGCCAUCUGGCGGGAGGCUCUGUCCCUUUUGUUCUAUGGGCAUAUUCCCGAGGAAGCAAACCUGCACGACGUGGUAGACUACCUACAGGCCAGGGAUGACAUACGGCGUCCGAGGUACAUUCGAGGUCGCGACCGCCUGAAGGUGGACCGGGUUGUCGUUGUUGCCUCUGCCCAGGAACAUUUACCCAAGGGUCUGCUUGAAUCUGUUGUUAAGAUUGCCAGGCCUGUUAGCGGACGCAGUCGAAGAGGCAUUCCCAUAUUUGGAAUCAUGACAAAGACUGAUCUCGUAGACCCUGAUGUCGACCUCGACUACCUGCAGAGGGAGGAGAAGUUCAAAGAUAUCUUAGGUCUACAUGGCACGCCACGCUUCCUCCGAUGCAUCAACUACUGCAGCGCCAUCGACCCCGACAACAACAUGAUCUUCACCAGCUACCCAUACAUCGACGUCCCAGUACUUCGUCUUAUGACCCAGAUCUGUGACCCAGCCAUAGAAGUAGUUCAUCAGCAGGAACCCUACCCCUACCGGCAGCUAGCCAGGGAAAAGACCUGCUGGAUCGUGAUGGCUAUCGUUGUAAUCUUUCUGGCGUUUGUAUUUAUUUUACGUUGAAUGCUCUUUGAUAUUCAUUUCGAGUUUAUAGACACCGAACUUGUGGAAAUUGUUUAUGACAGACUGCUCAAAACAUUGUAUUACACGAGAAGGUCAUCCUCGAUAACUCCAGGGUAUAGGUUCCGAUAUAUAUAGUAGACUGUCAGUUUUACCUUAAGUCAUGGCAAUGCAUACUAUAGAAAUGAUCCCUAAAAGUAUGAUAUAUAUAGUGGAGGGUUAUCGGAACGUACACCCUGGAGUUAUCGAGGAUGCGAGAGGGUAAGCUCUAGACAUUUCAGUUAAUAUACUGGACAAAAUAAGUUAGGGAUAUUGGUAUUUUUAUGAUUGAUAUCUUAUCAGUGUGUCUAUUUUAGGACAUAAAUUCUGAAAAAUUAUCACAGCGUUGGUUUGAUGUUUUGAUUAUGAUCAGUGUUUCAUUGAGUACUUUAUGUUUAGUAGUUUUCAAAUUAGAUUGCAAUUCAUCGGUCCGAUUUUGAGCCAAACGGACUAUAGGCUUAAGUUGCAUGAUCGAUAGAGCGUUUAUGCGAGGUAGGAAACAUCGGUCACAUAACAACGUAUGGUAUGAAUUUACACAACGUUUCUGGGCUGCCUCUUGUCCCUUCAUAUAGGUGAAUGGCAGAGUAUGAUUACGAGAAAAAUAUAUAGUAUGUACAGUGAGAUAGUAUUACAGAUUAAGAUGUGCAGAGUUCAAGGAGAUAAAGUGGUACGUUUGUGCAAUGGAUAAGAUUGGUAUGUACAGAGUGUUUAUACAACGAAAAGGAUACUAUUAGGAUAAUGACAGGAUUGAUUGGAAGCCACUUAUGAAAACAAUGAUAGGAAAACGCACACAUGAAAACAAUGAUAGGAAAACACACAUCAAAGCAUGUACAGUGAUUAGGGGGAACAUGGGAAAACAUGUACAGUGAUUAGGGAAACAUGGGAAAACGUACGCUGAUUAGGGGGAACAUGGGAAAACAUGUACAGUGAUUAGGGAAACAUGGGAAAACAUGUACAUCGAAAGCCUCCAUCGAUUUUCUCUCCAAUUGCUGAUGUUGACGGCCAAAAUGUCAGUGUCUUCCCAAUUGACGGUAUGGCUGGGAUAUCUGAUCACGUGUUCAGAUAGGGCUGAUAUCAUAUCCGAGCUCUUCUCCAAUGCUUUGUGUUCUUUAUACGAGUACAUACCUUCCAACUUCUAAAUGCCCCUCAAGCAUCUGUUUGCAUGUUUGUUUACAUCACGGUUUUUAGUAAUUCCAUUUUUUAUGUUGUUAUUUAUUUGCAUUUUUGUCAAGCUCUGUGAUCCAAAGCGAAUUCCUUUUAAGAUAAUAAAGUAUUGUCUGUC